AUGGGCCUCGCCGCCGCCACGGGCGUGCUGCUGUACGGCCCGCCCGGCUGCGGCAAGACGCUGGUGGCCAAGGCCGUUGCCAACGAGAGCGGCGCCAACUUCAUCAGCAUCAAGCUUCGCAAGGACCCUCUUCCUGCUCUCUCACAAUUCCUGCCCAAACUCUUGUGGUUGAACCCUGCCUCCGAAAUCCCAUCCAUCAUCCCUCACAAGGGCCCCGAGCUGCUGAACAAGUGCGCUCCUGCGCAUACAUUCGCUUGA